AUGGUGAAUGCUAGCGUGACGGGGAAUGGGAAUGCUAGCGUGACGGGGAAUGGGAAUGCUAGCGUGACGGGGAAUGGGAAUGCUAGCGUGACGGGGAAUGGGAAUGCUAGCGUGACGGGGAAUGGGAAUGCUAGCGUGACGGGGAAUGGGAAUGCUAGCGUGACGGGGAAUGUGAAUGCUAGCGUGACGGGGAAUGGGAAUGCUAGCGUGACGGGGAAUGUGAAUGCUAGCGUGACGGGGAAUGGGAAUGCUAGCGUGACGGGGAAUGGGAAUGCUAGCGUGACGGGGAAUGGGAAUGCUAGCGUGACGGGGAAUGGGAAUGCUAGCGUGACGGGGAAUGGGAAUGCUAGCGUGACGGGGAAUGGGAAUGCUAGCGUGACGGGGAAUGGGAAUGCUAGCGUGACGGGGAAUGGGAAUGCUAGCGUGACGGGGAAUGGGAAUGCUAGCGUGACGGGGAAUGUGAAUGCUAGCGUGACGGGGAAUGGGAAUGCUAGCGUGACGGGGAAUGGGAAUGCUAGCGUGACGGGGAAUGGGAAUGCUAGCGUGACGGGGAAUGUGAAUGCUAGCGUGACGGGGAAUGGGAAUGCUAGCGUGACGGGGAAUGGGAAUGCUAGCGUGACGGGGAAUGGGAAUGCUAGCGUGACGGGGAAUGGGAAUGCUAGCGUGACGGGGAAUGGGAAUGCUAGCGUGACGGGGAAUGGGAAUGCUAGCGUGACGGGGAAUGGGAAUGCUAGCGUGACGGGGAAUGGGAAUGCUAGCGUGACGGGGAAUGGGAAUGCUAGCGUGACGGGGAAUGUGAAUGCUAGCGUGACGGGGAAUGGGAAUGCUAGCGUGACGGGGAAUGGGAAUGCUAGCGUGACGGGGAAUGGGAAUGCUAGCGUGACGGGGAAUGGGAAUGCUAGCGUGACGGGGAAUGGGAAUGCUAGCGUGACGGGGAAUGGGAAUGCUAGCGUGACGGGGAAUGGGAAUGCUAGCGUGACGGGGAAUGGGAAUGCUAGCGUGACGGGGAAUGGGAAUGCUAGCGUGACGGGGAAUGGGAAUGCUAGCGUGACGGGGAAUGGGAAUGCUAGCGUGACGGGGAAUGGGAAUGCUAGCGUGACGGGGAAUGGGAAUGCUAGCCGUGACGGGGAAAUCGUGACGGGGAAUGGGAAUGCUAGCGUGACGGGGAAUGGGAAUGCUAGCGUGACGGGGAAUGGGAAUGCUAGCGUGACGGGGAAUGGGAAUGCUAGCGUGACGGGGAAUGGGAAUGCUAGCGUGACGGGGAAUGGGAAUGCUAGCGUGACGGGGAAUGGGAAUGCUAGCGUGACGGGGAAUGGGAAUGCUAGCGUGACGGGGAAUGGGAAUGCUAGCGUGACUGGGAAUGGGAAUGCUAGCGUGACGGGGAAUGGGAAUGCUAGCGUGACGGGGAAUGGGAAUGCUAGCGUGACGGGGAAUGGGAAUGCUAGCGUGACGGGGAAUGGGAAUGCUAGCGUGACGGGGAAUGGGAAUGCUAGCGUGACGGGGAAUGUGAAUGCUAGCGUGACGGGGAAUGGGAAUGCUAGCGUGACGGGGAAUGGGAAUGCUAGCGUGACGGGGAAUGGGAAUGCUAGCGUGACGGGGAAUGUGAUGCUAGCCGUGACGGGGAAUGGGAAUGCUAGCGUGACGGGGAAUGGGAAUGCUAGCGUGACGGGGAAUGGGAAUGCUAGCGUGACGGGGAAUGGGAAUGCUAGCGUGACGGGGAAUGUGAAUGCUAGCGUGACGGGGAAUGGGAAUGCUAGCGUGACGGGGAAUGUGAAUGCUAGCGUGACGGGGAAUGGGAAUGCUAGCGUGACGGGGAAUGGGAAUGCUAGCGUGACGGGGAAUGGGAAUGCUAGCGUGACGGGGAAUGGGAAUGCUAGCCGUGACGGGGAAUGGAAUGCUAGCGUGACGGGGAAUGUGAAUGCUAGCGUGACGGGGAAUGGGAAUGCUAGCGUGACGGGGAAUGGGAAUGCUAGCGUGACGGGGAAUGGGAAUGCUAGCGUGACGGGGAAUGGGAAUGCUAGCGUGACGGGGAAUGGGAAUGCUAGCGUGACGGGGAAUGGGAAUGCUAGCGUGACGGGGAAUGGGAAUGCUAGCGUGACGGGGAAUGGGAAUGCUAGCGUGACGGGGAAUGGGAAUGCUAGCGUGACGGGGAAUGGGAAUGCUAGCGUGACGGGGAAUGGGAAUGCUAGCGUGACGGGGAAUGGGAAUGCUAGCGUGACGGGGAAUGGGAAUGCUAGCGUGACGGGGAAUGGGAAUGCUAGCGUGACGGGGAAUGGGAAUGCUAGCGUGACGGGGAAUCGUGACGGGGAAUGGAAUGCUAGCGUGACGGGGAAUGGGAAUGCUAGCGUGACGGGGAAUGGGAAUGCUAGCGUGACGGGGAAUGGGAAUGCUAGCGUGACGGGAAUCGUGACGGGGAAUGGGAAUGCUAGCGUGACGGGGAAUGGGAAUGCUAGCGUGACGGGGAAUGGGAAUGCUAGCGUGACGGGGAAUGGGAAUGCUAGCGUGACGGGGAAUGUGAAUGCUAGCGUGACGGGGAAUGGGAAUGCUAGCGUGACGGGGAAUGGGAAUGCUAGCGUGACGGGGAAUGUGAAUGCUAGCGUGACGGGGAAUGGGAAUGCUAGCGUGACGGGGAAUGUGAAUGCUAGCGUGACGGGGAAUGGGAAUGCUAGCGUGACGGGGAAUGGGAAUGCUAGCGUGACGGGGAAUGGGAAUGCUAGCGUGACGGGGAAUGUGAAUGCUAGCGUGACGGGGAAUGGGAAUGCUAGCGUGACGGGGAAUGGGAAUGCUAGCGUGACGGGGAAUGUGAAUGCUAGCGUGACGGGGAAUGGGAAUGCUAGCGUGACGGGGAAUGGGAAUGCUAGCGUGACGGGGAAUGGGAAUGCUAGCGUGACGGGGAAUGGGAAUGCUAGCGUGACGGGGAAUGGGAAUGCUAGCGUGACGGGGAAUGGGAAUGCUAGCGUGACGGGGAAUGUGAAUGCUAGCGUGACGGGGAAUGGGAAUGCUAGCGUGACGGGGAAUGGGAAUGCUAGCGUGACGGGGAAUGGGAAUGCUAGCGUGACGGGGAAUGGGAAUGCUAGCGUGACGGGGAAUGGGAAUGCUAGCGUGACGGGGAAUGGGAAUGCUAGCGUGACGGGGAAUGGGAAUGCUAGCGUGACGGGGAAUGGGAAUGCUAGCGUGACGGGGAAUGGGAAUGCUAGCGUGACGGGGAAUGGGAAUGCUAGCGUGACGGGGAAUGGGAAUGCUAGCGUGACGGGGAAUGGGAAUGCUAGCGUGACGGGGAAUGGGAAUGCUAGCGUGACGGGGAAUGGGAAUGCUAGCGUGACGGGGAAUGGGAAUGCUAGCGUGACGGGGAAUGGGAAUGCUAGCGUGACGGGGAAUGGGAAUGCUAGCGUGACGGGGAAUGGGAAUGCUAGCGUGACGGGGAAUGGGAAUGCUAGCGUGACGGGGAAUGGGAAUGCUAGCGUGACGGGGAAUGUGAAUGCUAGCGUGACGGGGAAUGGGAAUGCUAGCGUGACGGGGAAUGGGAAUGCUAGCGUGACGGGGAAUGGGAAUGCUAGCGUGACGGGGAAUGGGAAUGCUAGCGUGACGGGGAAUGGGAAUGCUAGCGUGACGGGGAAUGGGAAUGCUAGCGUGACGGGGAAUGGGAAUGCUAGCGUGACGGGGAAUGGGAAUGCUAGCGUGACGGGGAAUGGGAAUGCUAGCGUGACGGGGAAUGGGAAUGCUAGCGUGACGGGGAAUGUGAAUGCUAGCGUGACGGGGAAUGGGAAUGCUAGCGUGACGGGGAAUGGGAAUGCUAGCGUGACGGGGAAUGGGAAUGCUAGCGUGACGGGGAAUGGGAAUGCUAGCGUGACGGGGAAUGGGAAUGCUAGCGUGACGGGGAAUGGGAAUGCUAGCGUGACGGGGAAUGUGAAUGCUAGCGUGACGGGGAAUGGGAAUGCUAGCGUGACGGGGAAUGUGAAUGCUAGCGUGACGGGGAAUGGGAAUGCUAGCGUGACGGGGAAUGGGAAUGCUAGCGUGACGGGGAAUGGGAAUGCUAGCGUGACGGGGAAUGGGAAUGCUAGCGUGACGGGGAAUGGGAAUGCUAGCGUGACGGGGAAUGGGAAUGCUAGCGUGACGGGGAAUGGGAAUGCUAGCGUGACGGGGAAUGGGAAUGCUAGCGUGACGGGGAAUGGGAAUGCUAGCGUGACGGGGAAUGGGAAUGCUAGCCGUGACGGGGAAUGGAAUGCUAGCGUGACGGGGAAUGGGAAUGCUAGCGUGACGGGGAAUGGGAAUGCUAGCGUGACGGGGAAUGGGAAUGCUAGCGUGACGGGGAAUGGGAAUGCUAGCGUGACGGGGAAUGGGAAUGCUAGCGUGACGGGGAAUGGGAAUGCUAGCGUGACGGGGAAUGGGAAUGCUAGCGUGACGGGGAAUGGGAAUGCUAGCGUGACGGGGAAUGGGAAUGCUAGCGUGACGGGGAAUGGGAAUGCUAGCGUGACGGGGAAUGGGAAUGCUAGCGUGACGGGGAAUGGGAAUGCUAGCGUGACGGGGAAUGGGAAUGCUAGCGUGACGGGGAAUGUGAAUGCUAGCGUGACGGGGAAUGGGAAUGCUAGCCGUGACGGGGAAUGGAAUGCUAGCGUGACGGGGAAUGGGAAUGCUAGCGUGACGGGGAAUGGGAAUGCUAGCGUGACGGGGAAUGGGAAUGCUAGCGUGACGGGGAAUGGGAAUGCUAGCGUGACGGGGAAUGGGAAUGCUAGCGUGACGGGGAAUGGGAAUGCUAGCGUGACGGGGAAUGGGAAUGCUAGCGUGACGGGGAAUGGGAAUGCUAGCGUGACGGGGAAUGGGAAUGCUAGCGUGACGGGGAAUGUGAAUGCUAGCGUGACGGGGAAUGGGAAUGCUAGCGUGACGGGGAAUGGGAAUGCUAGCGUGACGGGGAAUGGGAAUGCUAGCGUGACGGGGAAUGGGAAUGCUAGCGUGACGGGGAAUGGGAAUGCUAGCGUGACGGGGAAUGGGAAUGCUAGCGUGACGGGGAAUGGGAAUGCUAGCGUGACGGGGAAUGGGAAUGCUAGCGUGACGGGGAAUGGGAAUGCUAGCGUGACGGGGAAUGGGAAUGCUAGCGUGACGGGGAAUGGGAAUGCUAGCGUGACGGGGAAUGGGAAUGCUAGCGUGACGGGGAAUGGGAAUGCUAGCGUGACGGGGAAUGGGAAUGCUAGCGUGACGGGGAAUGGGAAUGCUAGCGUGACGGGGAAUGGGAAUGCUAGCGUGACGGGGAAUGGGAAUGCUAGCGUGACGGGGAAUGGGAAUGCUAGCGUGACGGGGAAUGGGAAUGCUAGCGUGACGGGGAAUGGGAAUGCUAGCGUGACGGGGAAUGGGAAUGCUAGCGUGACGGGGAAUGGGAAUGCUAGCGUGACGGGGAAUGGGAAUGCUAGCGUGACGGGGAAUGGGAAUGCUAGCGUGACGGGGAAUGGGAAUGCUAGCGUGACGGGGAAUGGGAAUGCUAGCGUGACGGGGAAUGGGAAUGCUAGCGUGACGGGGAAUGGGAAUGCUAGCGUGACGGGGAAUGGGAAUGCUAGCGUGACGGGGAAUGGGAAUGCUAGCGUGACGGGGAAUGGGAAUGCUAGCGUGACGGGGAAUGGGAAUGCUAGCGUGACGGGGAAUGGGAAUGCUAGCCGUGACGGGAAUGGGAAUGCUAGCGUGACGGGGAAUGUGAAUGCUAGCGUGACGGGGAAUGGGAAUGCUAGCGUGACGGGGAAUGGGAAUGCUAGCGUGACGGGGAAUGGGAAUGCUAGCGUGACGGGGAAUGGGAAUGCUAGCGUGACGGGGAAUGGGAAUGCUAGCGUGACGGGGAAUGGGAAUGCUAGCGUGACGGGGAAUGGAAUGCUAGCCGUGACGGGGAAUGGGAAUGCUAGCGUGACGGGGAAUGGGAAUGCUAGCGUGACGGGGAAUGGGAAUGCUAGCGUGACGGGGAAUGGGAAUGCUAGCGUGACGGGGAAUGGGAAUGCUAGCGUGACGGGGAAUGGGAAUGCUAGCGUGACGGGGAAUGGGAAUGCUAGCGUGACGGGGAAUGGGAAUGCUAGCGUGACGGGGAAUGGGAAUGCUAGCGUGACGGGGAAUGGGAAUGCUAGCGUGACGGGGAAUGGGAAUGCUAGCGUGACGGGGAAUGGGAAUGCUAGCGUGACGGGGAAUGGGAAUGCUAGCGUGACGGGGAAUGGGAAUGCUAGCCGUGACGGGGAAUGGGAUGCUAGCGUGACGGGGAAUGGGAAUGCUAGCGUGACGGGGAAUGGGAAUGCUAGCGUGACGGGGAAUGGGAAUGCUAGCGUGACGGGGAAUGUGAAUGCUAGCGUGACGGGGAAUGGGAAUGCUAGCGUGACGGGGAAUGGGAAUGCUAGCGUGACGGGGAAUGGGAAUGCUAGCGUGACGGGGAAUGGGAAUGCUAGCGUGACGGGGAAUGGGAAUGCUAGCGUGACGGGGAAUGGGAAUGCUAGCGUGACGGGGAAUGUGAAUGCUAGCGUGACGGGGAAUGGGAAUGCUAGCGUGACGGGGAAUGGGAAUGCUAGCGUGACGGGGAAUGUGAAUGCUAGCGUGACGGGGAAUGGGAAUGCUAGCGUGACGGGGAAUGGGAAUGCUAGCGUGACGGGGAAUGGGAAUGCUAGCGUGACGGGGAAUGGGAAUGCUAGCGUGACGGGGAAUGGGAAUGCUAGCGUGACGGGGAAUGGGAAUGCUAGCGUGACGGGGAAUGGGAAUGCUAGCGUGACGGGGAAUGGGAAUGCUAGCGUGACGGGGAAUGGGAAUGCUAGCGUGACGGGGAAUGGGAAUGCUAGCGUGACGGGGAAUGGGAAUGCUAGCGUGACGGGGAAUCGUGACGGGGAAUGGAAUGCUAGCGUGACGGGGAAUGUGAAUGCUAGCGUGACGGGGAAUGGGAAUGCUAGCGUGACGGGGAAUGGGAAUGCUAGCGUGACGGGGAAUGGGAAUGCUAGCGUGACGGGGAAUGUGAAUGCUAGCGUGACGGGGAAUGGGAAUGCUAGCGUGACGGGGAAUGGGAAUGCUAGCGUGACGGGGAAUGGGAAUGCUAGCGUGACGGGGAAUGUGAAUGCUAGCGUGACGGGGAAUGGGAAUGCUAGCGUGACGGGGAAUGGGAAUGCUAGCGUGACGGGGAAUGGGAAUGCUAGCGUGACGGGGAAUGGGAAUGCUAGCGUGACGGGGAAUGGGAAUGCUAGCGUGACGGGGAAUGGGAAUGCUAGCGUGACGGGGAAUGGGAAUGCUAGCGUGACGGGGAAUGGGAAUGCUAGCGUGACGGGGAAUGGGAAUGCUAGCGUGACGGGGAAUGGGAAUGCUAGCGUGACGGGGAAUGGGAAUGCUAGCGUGACGGGGAAUGGGAAUGCUAGCGUGACGGGGAAUGGGAAUGCUAGCGUGACGGGGAAUGGGAAUGCUAGCGUGACGGGGAAUGGGAAUGCUAGCGUGACGGGGAAUGGGAAUGCUAGCGUGACGGGGAAUGUGAAUGCUAGCGUGACGGGGAAUGGGAAUGCUAGCGUGACGGGGAAUGGGAAUGCUAGCGUGACGGGGAAUGUGAAUGCUAGCGUGACGGGGAAUGGGAAUGCUAGCGUGACGGGGAAUGUGAAUGCUAGCGUGACGGGGAAUGGGAAUGCUAGCGUGACGGGGAAUGGGAAUGCUAGCGUGACGGGGAAUGGGAAUGCUAGCGUGACGGGGAAUGGGAAUGCUAGCGUGACGGGGAAUGGGAAUGCUAGCGUGACGGGGAAUGGGAAUGCUAGCGUGACGGGGAAUGGGAAUGCUAGCGUGACGGGGAAUGGGAAUGCUAGCGUGACGGGGAAUGGGAAUGCUAGCGUGACGGGGAAUGGGAAUGCUAGCGUGACGGGGAAUGGGAAUGCUAGCGUGACGGGGAAUCGUGACGGGGAAUGGAAUGCCGGGGAAUGUGACUGCCUAGGCGUGAAGGGGAAUGGGAAUGCUAGCGUGACGGGGAAUGGGAAUGCUAGCGUGACGGGGAAUGGGAAUGCUAGCGUGACGGGGAAUGGGAAUGCUAGCGUGACGGGGAAUGGGAAUGCUAGCGUGACGGGGAAUGGGAAUGCUAGCGUGACGGGGAAUGGGAAUGCUAGCGUGACGGGGAAUGGGAAUGCUAGCGUGACGGGGAAUGGGAAUGCUAGCGUGACGGGGAAUGGGAAUGCUAGCGUGACGGGGAAUGGGAAUGCUAGCGUGACGGGGAAUGGGAAUGCUAGCGUGACGGGGAAUGGGAAUGCUAGCGUGACGGGGAAUGGGAAUGCUAGCGUGACGGGGAAUGUGAAUGCUAGCGUGACGGGGAAUGGGAAUGCUAGCGUGACGGGGAAUGGGAAUGCUAGCCGUGACGGGAAUGGGAAUGCUAGCGUGACGGGGAAUGGGAAUGCUAGCGUGACGGGGAAUGGGAAUGCUAGCGUGACGGGGAAUGUGAAUGCUAGCGUGACGGGGAAUGGGAAUGCUAGCGUGACGGGGAAUGUGAAUGCUAGCGUGACGGGGAAUGGGAAUGCUAGCGUGACGGGGAAUGGGAAUGCCCGUGACGGGAAUGGGAAUGCUAGCGUGACGGGGAAUGUGAAUGCUAGCGUGACGGGGAAUGGGAAUGCUAGCGUGACGGGGAAUGGGAAUGCUAGCGUGACGGGGAAUGGGAAUGCUAGCGUGACGGGGAAUGGGAAUGCUAGCGUGACGGGGGAAGUGAAUGCUAGCGUGACGGGGAAUGGGAAUGCUAGCGUGACGGGGAAUGUGAAUGCUAGCGUGACGGGGAAUGGGAAUGCUAGCGUGACGGGGAAUGGGAAUGCUAGCGUGACGGGGAAUGGGAAUGCUAGCGUGACGGGGAAUGGGAAUGCUAGCCGUGACGGGAAUGUGAAUGCUAGCGUGACGGGGAAUGGGAAUGCUAGCGUGACGGGGAAUGGGAAUGCUAGCGUGACGGGGAAUGGGAAUGCUAGCGUGACGGGGAAUGGGAAUGCUAGCGUGACGGGGAAUGGGAAUGCUAGCGUGACGGGGAAUGGGAAUGCUAGCGUGACGGGGAAUGGGAAUGCUAGCGUGACGGGGAAUGGGAAUGCUAGCGUGACGGGGAAUGGGAAUGCUAGCGUGACGGGGAAUGGGAAUGCUAGCGUGACGGGGAAUGGGAAUGCUAGCGUGACGGGGAAUGGGAAUGCUAGCGUGACGGGGAAUGGGAAUGCUAGCGUGACGGGGAAUGGGAAUGCUAGCGUGACGGGGAAUGGGAAUGCUAGCGUGACGGGGAAUGGGAAUGCUAGCGUGACGGGGAAUGGGAAUGCUAGCGUGACGGGGAAUGGGAAUGCUAGCGUGACGGGGAAUGGGAAUGCUAGCGUGACGGGGAAUGUGAAUGCUAGCGUGACGGGGAAUGGGAAUGCUAGCGUGACGGGGAAUGGGAAUGCUAGCGUGACGGGGAAUGGGAAUGCUAGCGUGACGGGGAAUGGAAUGCUAGCCGUGACGGGGAAUGGGAAUGCUAGCGUGACGGGGAAUGUGAAUGCUAGCGUGACGGGGAAUGGGAAUGCUAGCGUGACGGGGAAUGUGAAUGCUAGCGUGACGGGGAAUGGGAAUGCUAGCGUGACGGGGAAUGGGAAUGCUAGCGUGACGGGGAAUGUGAAUGCUAGCGUGACGGGGAAUGGGAAUGCUAGCGUGACGGGGAAUGUGAAUGCUAGCGUGACGGGGAAUGGGAAUGCUAGCGUGACGGGGAAUGGGAAUGCUAGCGUGACGGGGAAUGGGAAUGCUAGCGUGACGGGGAAUGGGAAUGCUAGCGUGACGGGGAAUGUGAAUGCUAGCGUGACGGGGAAUGGGAAUGCUAGCGUGACGGGGAAUGGGAAUGCUAGCGUGACGGGGAAUGGGAAUGCUAGCGUGACGGGGAAUGGGAAUGCUAGCGUGACGGGGAAUGGGAAUGCUAGCGUGACGGGGAAUGGGAAUGCUAGCGUGACGGGGAAUGUGAAUGCUAGCGUGACGGGGAAUGGGAAUGCUAGCGUGACGGGGAAUGUGAAUGCUAGCGUGACGGGGAAUGGGAAUGCUAGCGUGACGGGGAAUGGGAAUGCUAGCGUGACGGGGAAUGGGAAUGCUAGCGUGACGGGGAAUGGGAAUGCUAGCGUGACGGGGAAUGUGAAUGCUAGCGUGACGGGGAAUGGGAAUGCUAGCGUGACGGGGAAUGGGAAUGCUAGCGUGACGGGGAAUGUGAAUGCUAGCGUGACGGGGAAUGGGAAUGCUAGCGUGACGGGGAAUGUGAAUGCUAGCGUGACGGGGAAUGGGAAUGCUAGCGUGACGGGGAAUCGUGACGGGAAUGGGAAUGCUAGCGUGACGGGGAAUGUGAAUGCUAGCGUGACGGGGAAUGGGAAUGCUAGCGUGACGGGGAAUGGGAAUGCUAGCGUGACGGGGAAUGUGAAUGCUAGCGUGACGGGGAAUGGGAAUGCUAGCGUGACGGGGAAUGUGAAUGCUAGCGUGACGGGGAAUGGGAAUGCUAGCGUGACGGGGAAUGGGAAUGCUAGCGUGACGGGGAAUGUGAAUGCUAGCGUGACGGGGAAUGGGAAUGCUAGCGUGACGGGGAAUGGGAAUGCUAGCGUGACGGGGAAUGGGAAUGCUAGCGUGACGGGGAAUGGGAAUGCUAGCGUGACGGGGAAUGGGAAUGCUAGCGUGACGGGGAAUGGGAAUGCUAGCGUGACGGGGAAUGUGAAUGCUAGCGUGACGGGGAAUGGGAAUGCUAGCGUGACGGGAAUCGUGACGGGGAAUGGGAAUGCUAGCGUGACGGGGAAUGGGAAUGCUAGCGUGACGGGGAAUGGGAAUGCUAGCGUGACGGGGAAUGGGAAUGCUAGCGUGACGGGGAAUGGGAAUGCUAGCGUGACGGGGAAUGGGAAUGCUAGCGUGACGGGGAAUGGGAAUGCUAGCGUGACGGGGAAUGGGAAUGCUAGCGUGACGGGGAAUGGGAAUGCUAGCGUGACGGGGAAUGGGAAUGCUAGCGUGACGGGGAAUGUGAAUGCUAGCGUGACGGGGAAUGGGAAUGCUAGCGUGACGGGGAAUGGGAAUGCUAGCGUGACGGGGAAUGGGAAUGCUAGCGUGACGGGGAAUGGGAAUGCUAGCGUGACGGGGAAUGGGAAUGCUAGCGUGACGGGGAAUGGGAAUGCUAGCGUGACGGGGAAUGUGAAUGCUAGCGUGACGGGGAAUGGGAAUGCUAGCGUGACGGGGAAUGGGAAUGCUAGCGUGACGGGGAAUGUGAAUGCUAGCGUGACGGGGAAUGGGAAUGCUAGCGUGACGGGGAAUGGGAAUGCUAGCGUGACGGGGAAUGGGAAUGCUAGCGUGACGGGGAAUGGGAAUGCUAGCGUGACGGGGAAUGGGAAUGCUAGCGUGACGGGGAAUGGGAAUGCUAGCGUGACGGGGAAUGUGAAUGCUAGCGUGACGGGGAAUGGGAAUGCUAGCGUGACGGGGAAUGUGAAUGCUAGCGUGACGGGGAAUGGGAAUGCUAGCGUGACGGGGAAUGUGAAUGCUAGCGUGACGGGGAAUGUGAAUGCUAGCGUGACGGGGAAUGGGAAUGCUAGCGUGACGGGGAAUGGGAAUGCUAGCCGUGACGGGGGAAUGGGAAUGCUAGCCGUGACGGGGAAUGGGAAUGCUAGCGUGACGGGGAAUGGGAAUGCUAGCGUGACGGGGAAUGGGAAUGCUAGCGUGACGGGGAAUGUGAAUGCUAGCGUGACGGGGAAUGGGAAUGCUAGCGUGACGGGGAAUGGGAAUGCUAGCGUGACGGGGAAUGGGAAUGCUAGCGUGACGGGGAAUGUGAAUGCUAGCGUGACGGGGAAUGGGAAUGCUAGCGUGACGGGGAAUGUGAAUGCUAGCGUGACGGGGAAUGGGAAUGCUAGCGUGACGGGGAAUGUGAAUGCUAGCGUGACGGGGAAUGGGAAUGCUAGCGUGACGGGGAAUGGGAAUGCUAGCGUGACGGGGAAUGUGAAUGCUAGCGUGACGGGGAAUGGGAAUGCUAGCGUGACGGGGAAUGGGAAUGCUAGCGUGACGGGGAAUGGGAAUGCUAGCGUGACGGGGAAUGGGAAUGCUAGCGUGACGGGGAAUGGGAAUGCUAGCGUGACGGGGAAUGGGAAUGCUAGCGUGACGGGGAAUGGGAAUGCUAGCGUGACGGGGAAUGGGAAUGCUAGCGUGACGGGGAAUGGGAAUGCUAGCGUGACGGGGAAUGGGAAUGCUAGCGUGACGGGGAAUGGGAAUGCUAGCGUGACGGGGAAUCGUGACGGGGAUGGGAAUGCUAGCGUGACGGGGAAUGGGAAUGCUAGCGUGACGGGGAAUGGGAAUGCUAGCGUGACGGGGAAUGGGAAUGCUAGCGUGACGGGGAAUGGGAAUGCUAGCGUGACGGGGAAUGGGAAUGCUAGCGUGACGGGGAAUGGGAAUGCUAGCGUGACGGGGAAUGGGAAUGCUAGCGUGACGGGGAAUGGGAAUGCUAGCGUGACGGGGAAUGUGAAUGCUAGCGUGACGGGGAAUGGGAAUGCUAGCGUGACGGGGAAUGGGAAUGCUAGCGUGACGGGGAAUGGGAAUGCUAGCGUGACGGGGAAUGGGAAUGCUAGCGUGACGGGGAUGGGAAUGCUAGCCGUGACGGGGAAUGGGAAUGCUAGCGUGACGGGGAAUGGGAAUGCUAGCGUGACGGGGAAUGGGAAUGCUAGCGUGACGGGGAAUGGGAAUGCUAGCGUGACGGGGAAUGGGAAUGCUAGCGUGACGGGGAAUGGGAAUGCUAGCGUGACGGGGAAUGGGAAUGCUAGCGUGACGGGGAAUGUGAAUGCUAGCGUGACGGGGAAUGGGAAUGCUAGCGUGACGGGGAAUGGGAAUGCUAGCGUGACGGGGAAUGGGAAUGCUAGCGUGACGGGGAAUGUGAAUGCUAGCGUGACGGGGAAUGGGAAUGCUAGCGUGACGGGGAAUCGUGACGGGGAAUGGAAUGCUAGCGUGACGGGGAAUGGGAAUGCUAGCGUGACGGGGAAUGGGAAUGCUAGCGUGACGGGGAAUGGGAAUGCUAGCGUGACGGGGAAUGGGAAUGCUAGCGUGACGGGGAAUGGGAAUGCUAGCGUGACGGGGAAUGGGAAUGCUAGCGUGACGGGGAAUGGGAAUGCUAGCGUGACGGGGAAUGGGAAUGCUAGCGUGACGGGGAAUGGGAAUGCUAGCGUGACGGGGAAUGUGAAUGCUAGCGUGACGGGGAAUGUGAAUGCUAGCGUGACGGGGAAUGGGAAUGCUAGCGUGACGGGGAAUGGGAAUGCUAGCGUGACGGGGAAUGGGAAUGCUAGCGUGACGGGGAAUGUGAAUGCUAGCGUGACGGGGAAUGGGAAUGCUAGCGGACGGGGAAUGGGAAUGCUAGCCGUGACGGGGAAUGUGAAUGCUAGCGUGACGGGGAAUGGGAAUGCUAGCGUGACGGGGAAUGGGAAUGCUAGCGUGACGGGGAAUGGGAAUGCUAGCGUGACGGGGAAUGGGAAUGCUAGCGUGACGGGGAAUGGGAAUGCUAGCGUGACGGGGAAUGGGAAUGCUAGCGUGACGGGGAAUGGGAAUGCUAGCGUGACGGGGAAUGGGAAUGCUAGCGUGACGGGGAAUGUGAAUGCUAGCGUGACGGGGAAUGGGAAUGCUAGCGUGACGGGGAAUGGGAAUGCUAGCGUGACGGGGAAUGGGAAUGCUAGCGUGACGGGGAAUGGGAAUGCUAGCGUGACGGGGAAUGGGAAUGCUAGCGUGACGGGGAAUGGGAAUGCUAGCGUGACGGGGAAUGGGAAUGCUAGCGUGACGGGGAAUGUGAAUGCUAGCGUGACGGGGAAUGGGAAUGCUAGCGUGACGGGGAAUGGGAAUGCUAGCGUGACGGGGAAUGGGAAUGCUAGCGUGACGGGGAAUGGGAAUGCUAGCGUGACGGGGAAUGUGAAUGCUAGCGUGACGGGGAAUGGGAAUGCUAGCGUGACGGGGAAUGGGAAUGCUAGCGUGACGGGGAAUGGGAAUGCUAGCGUGACGGGGAAUGGGAAUGCUAGCGUGACGGGGAAUGUGAAUGCUAGCGUGACGGGGAAUGGGAAUGCUAGCGUGACGGGGAAUGGGAAUGCUAGCGUGACGUGGAAUGGGAAUGCUAGCGUGACGGGGAAUGGGAAUGCUAGCCGUGACGGGGAAUGGAAUGCUAGCGUGACGGGGAAUGGGAAUGCUAGCGUGACGGGGAAUGGGAAUGCUAGCGUGACGGGGAAUGGGAAUGCUAGCGUGACGGGGAAUGGGAAUGCUAGCGUGACGGGGAAUGGGAAUGCUAGCGUGACGGGGAAUGGGAAUGCUAGCGUGACGGGGAAUGUGAAUGCUAGCGUGACGGGGAAUGGGAAUGCUAGCGUGACGGGGAAUGGGAAUGCUAGCGUGACGAAUGGGAAUGCUAGCGUGACGGGGAAUGGGAAUGCUAGCGUGACGGGGAAUGGGAAUGCUAGCGUGACGGGGAAUGGGAAUGCUAGCGUGACGGGGAAUGGGAAUGCUAGCGUGACGGGGAAUGGGAAUGCUAGCGUGACGGGGAAUGGGAAUGCUAGCGUGACGGGGAAUGGGAAUGCUAGCGUGACGGGGAAUGGGAAUGCUAGCGUGACGGGGAAUGGGAAUGCUAGCGUGACGGGGAAUGUGAAUGCUAGCGUGACGGGGAAUGGGAAUGCUAGCGUGACGGGGAAUGUGAAUGCUAGCGUGACGGGGAAUGGGAAUGCUAGCGUGACGGGGAAUGUGAAUGCUAGCGUGACGGGGAAUGGGAAUGCUAGCGUGACGGGGAAUGGGAAUGCUAGCGUGACGGGGAAUGUGAAUGCUAGCGUGACGGGGAAUGGGAAUGCUAGCGUGACGGGGAAUGUGAAUGCUAGCGUGACGGGGAAUGGGAAUGCUAGCGUGACGGGGAAUGGGAAUGCUAGCGUGACGGGGAAUGGGAAUGCUAGCGUGACGGGGAAUGGGAAUGCUAGCGUGACGGGGAAUGGGAAUGCUAGCGUGACGGGGAAUGUGAAUGCUAGCGUGACGGGGAAUGGGAAUGCUAGCGUGACGGGGAAUGUGAAUGCUAGCGUGACGGGGAAUGUGAAUGCUAGCGUGACGGGGAAUGGGAAUGCUAGCGUGACGGGGAAUGGGAAUGCUAGCGUGACGGGGAAUGGGAAUGCUAGCGUGACGGGGAAUGUGAAUGCUAGCGUGACGGGGAAUGGGAAUGCUAGCGUGACGGGGAAUGUGAAUGCUAGCGUGACGGGGAAUGUGAAUGCUAGCGUGACGGGGAAUGGGAAUGCUAGCGUGACGGGGAAUGGGAAUGCUAGCGUGACGGGGAAUCGUGACGGGGAAUGGAAUGCUAGCGUGACGGGGAAUGUGAAUGCUAGCGUGACGGGGAAUGGGAAUGCUAGCGUGACGGGGAAUGGGAAUGCUAGCGUGACGGGGAAUGGGAAUGCUAGCGUGACGGGGAAUGGGAAUGCUAGCGUGACGGGGAAUGGGAAUGCUAGCGUGACGGGGAAUGGGAAUGCUAGCGUGACGGGGAAUGGGAAUGCUAGCGUGACGGGGAAUGGGAAUGCUAGCGUGACGGGGAAUGGGAAUGCUAGCGUGACGGGGAAUGUGAAUGCUAGCGUGACGGGGAAUGGGAAUGCUAGCGUGACGGGGAAUGGGAAUGCUAGCGUGACGGGGAAUGGGAAUGCUAGCGUGACGGGGAAUGGGAAUGCUAGCGUGACGGGGAAUGUUAAUGCUAGCGUGACGGGGAAUGGGAAUGCUAGCGUGACGGGGAAUGGGAAUGCUAGCGUGACGGGGAAUGGGAAUGCUAGCGUGACGGGGAAUGGGAAUGCUAGCGUGACGGGGAAUGGGAAUGCUAGCGUGACGGGGAAUGUGAAUGCUAGCGUGACGGGGAAUGGGAAUGCUAGCGUGACGGGGAAUGGGAAUGCUAGCGUGACGGGGAAUGGGAAUGCUAGCGUGACGGGGAAUGGGAAUGCUAGCGUGACGGGGAAUGUGAAUGCUAGCGUGACGGGGAAUGGGAAUGCUAGCGUGACGGGGAAUGGGAAUGCUAGCGUGACGGGGAAUGGGAAUGCUAGCGUGACGGGGAAUGGGAAUGCUAGCGUGACGGGGAAUGGGAAUGCUAGCGUGACGGGGAAUGGGAAUGCUAGCGUGACGGGGAAUGUGAAUGCUAGCGUGACGGGGAAUGGGAAUGCUAGCGUGACGGGGAAUGUGAAUGCUAGCGUGACGGGGAAUGUGAAUGCUAGCGUGACGGGGAAUGGGAAUGCUAGCGUGACGGGGAAUGGGAAUGCUAGCGUGACGGGGAAUGUGAAUGCUAGCGUGACGGGGAAUGGGAAUGCUAGCGUGACGGGGAAUGUGAAUGCUAGCGUGACGGGGAAUGUGAAUGCUAGCGUGACGGGGAAUGGGAAUGCUAGCGUGACGGGGAAUGUGAAUGCUAGCGUGACGGGGAAUGGGAAUGCUAGCGUGACGGGGAAUGUGAAUGCUAGCGUGACGGGGAAUGUGAAUGCUAGCGUGACGGGGAAUGGGAAUGCUAGCGUGACGGGGAAUGUGAAUGCUAGCGUGACGGGGAAUGGGAAUGCUAGCGUGACGGGGAAUGGGAAUGCUAGCGUGACGGGGAAUGGGAAUGCUAGCGUGACGGGGAAUGGGAAUGCUAGCGUGACGGGGAAUGUGAAUGCUAGCGUGACGGGGAAUGGGAAUGCUAGCGUGACGGGGAAUGUGAAUGCUAGCGUGACGGGGAAUGGGAAUGCUAGCCGUGACGGGAAUGGGAAUGCUAGCGUGACGGGGAAUGUGAAUGCUAGCGUGACGGGGAAUGUGAAUGCUAGCGUGACGGGGAAUGUGAAUGCUAGCGUGACGGGGAAUGGGAAUGCUAGCGUGACGGGGAAUGGGAAUGCUAGCGUGACGGGGAAUGGGAAUGCUAGCGUGACGGGGAAUGGGAAUGCUAGCGUGACGGGGAAUGUGAAUGCUAGCGUGACGGGGAAUGGGAAUGCUAGCGUGACGGGGAAUGUGAAUGCUAGCGUGACGGGGAAUGGGAAUGCUAGCGUGACGGGGAAUGGGAAUGCUAGCGUGACGGGGAAUGGGAAUGCUAGCGUGACGGGGAAUGGGAAUGCUAGCGUGACGGGGAAUGGGAAUGCUAGCGUGACGGGGAAUGGGAAUGCUAGCGUGACGGGGAAUGGGAAUGCUAGCGUGACGGGGAAUGGGAAUGCUAGCGUGACGGGGAAUGUGAAUGCUAGCGUGACGGGGAAUGGGAAUGCUAGCGUGACGGGGAAUGUGAAUGCUAGCGUGACGGGGAAUGGGAAUGCUAGCGUGACGGGGAAUGGGAAUGCUAGCCGUGACGGGGAAUGGAAUGCUAGCGUGACGGGGAAUGGGAAUGCUAGCGUGACGGGGAAUGGGAAUGCUAGCGUGACGGGGAAUGGGAAUGCUAGCGUGACGGGGAAUGGGAAUGCUAGCGUGACGGGGAAUGGGAAUGCUAGCGUGACGGGGAAUGUGAAUGCUAGCGUGACGGGGAAUGGGAAUGCUAGCGUGACGGGGAAUGGGAAUGCUAGCGUGACGGGGAAUGGGAAUGCUAGCGUGACGGGGAAUGGGUAUGCUAGCGUGACGGGGAAUGUGAAUGCUAGCGUGACGGGGAAUGGGAAUGCUAGCGUGACGGGGAAUGGGAAUGCUAGCGUGACGGGGAAUGGGAAUGCUAGCGUGACGGGGAAUGGGAAUGCUAGCGUGACGGGGAAUGGGAAUGCUAGCGUGACGGGGAAUGGGAAUGCUAGCGUGAUGGGGAAUGUGAAUGCUAGCGUGACGGGGAAUGGGAAUGCUAGCGUGACGGGGAAUGGGAAUGCUAGCGUGACGGGGAAUGGGAAUGCUAGCGUGACGGGGAAUGGGAAUGCUAGCGUGACGGGGAAUGGGAAUGCUAGCGUGACGGGGAAUGGGAAUGCUAGCGUGACGGGGAAUGUGAAUGCUAGCGUGACGGGGAAUGGGAAUGCUAGCGUGACGGGGAAUGGGAAUGCUAGCGUGACGGGGAAUGGGAAUGCUAGCGUGACGGGGAAUGGGAAUGCUAGCGUGACGGGGAAUGGGAAUGCUAGCGUGACGGGGAAUGGGAAUGCUAGCGUGACGGGGAAUGUGAAUGCUAGCGUGACGGGGAAUGGGAAUGCUAGCGUGACGGGGAAUGGGAAUGCUAGCGUGACGGGGAAUGGGAAUGCUAGCGUGACGGGGAAUGGGAAUGCUAGCGUGACGGGGAAUGGGAAUGCUAGCGUGACGGGGAAUGGGAAUGCUAGCGUGCCGGGGAAUGUGAAUGCUAGCGUGACGGGGAAUGGGAAUGCUAGCGUGACGGGGAAUGGGAAUGCUAGCGUGACGGGGAAUGGGAAUGCUAGCGUGACGGGGAAUGGGAAUGCUAGCGUGACGGGGAAUGUGAAUGCUAGCGUGACGGGGAAUGGGAAUGCUAGCGUGACGGGGAAUGGGAAUGCUAGCGUGACGGGGAAUGGGAAUGCUAGCGUGACGGGGAAUGUGAAUGCUAGCGUGACGGGGAAUGGGAAUGCUAGCGUGACGGGGAAUGUGAAUGCUAGCGUGACGGGGAAUGGGAAUGCUAGCGUGACGGGGAAUGGGAAUGCUAGCGUGACGGGGAAUGGGAAUGCUAGCGUGACGGGGAAUGGGAAUGCUAGCGUGACGGGGAAUGUGAAUGCUAGCGUGACGGGGAAUGGGAAUGCUAGCGUGACGGGGAAUGGGAAUGCUAGCGUGACGGGGAAUGUGAAUGCUAGCGUGACGGGGAAUGGGAAUGCUAGCGUGACGGGGAAUGUGAAUGCUAGCGUGACGGGGAAUGGGAAUGCUAGCGUGACGGGGAAUGUGAAUGCUAGCGUGACGGGGAAUGGGAAUGCUAGCGUGACGGGGAAUGGGAAUGCUAGCGUGACGGGGAAUGGGAAUGCUAGCGUGACGGGGAAUGGGAAUGCUAGCGUGACGGGGAAUGGGAAUGCUAGCGUGACGGGGAAUGGGAAUGCUAGCGUGACGGGGAAUGGGAAUGCUAGCGUGACGGGGAAUGGGAAUGCUAGCGUGACGGGGAAUGGGAAUGCUAGCGUGACGGGGAAUGUGAAUGCUAGCGUGACGGGGAAUGGGAAUGCUAGCGUGACGGGGAAUGGGAAUGCUAGCGUGACGGGGAAUGGGAAUGCUAGCGUGACGGGGAAUGGGAAUGCUAGCGUGACGGGGAAUGGGAAUGCUAGCGUGACGGGGAAUGUGAAUGCUAGCGUGACGGGGAAUGGGAAUGCUAGCGUGACGGGGAAUGGGAAUGCUAGCGUGACGGGGAAUGUGAAUGCUAGCGUGACGGGGAAUGGGAAUGCUAGCGUGACGGGGAAUGGGAAUGCUAGCGUGACGGGGAAUGGGAAUGCUAGCGUGACGGGGAAUGUGAAUGCUAGCGUGACGGGGAAUGGGAAUGCUAGCGUGACGGGGAAUGUGAAUGCUAGCGUGACGGGGAAUGGGAAUGCUAGCGUGACGGGGAAUGGGAAUGCUAGCGUGACGGGGAAUGGGAAUGCUAGCGUGACGGGGAAUGGGAAUGCUAGCGUGACGGGGAAUGGGAAUGCUAGCGUGACGGGGAAUGGGAAUGCUAGCGUGACGGGGAAUGGGAAUGCUAGCGUGACGGGGAAUGGGAAUGCUAGCGUGACGGGGAAUGGGAAUGCUAGCGUGACGGGGAAUGGGAAUGCUAGCGUGACGGGGAAUGGGAAUGCUAGCGUGACGGGGAAUGGGAAUGCUAGCGUGACGGGGAAUGGGAAUGCUAGCGUGACGGGGAAUGUGAAUGCUAGCGUGACGGGGAAUGGGAAUGCUAGCGUGACGGGGAAUGUGAAUGCUAGCGUGACGGGGAAUGGGAAUGCUAGCGUGACGGGGAAUGGGAAUGCUAGCGUGACGGGGAAUGGGAAUGCUAGCGUGACGGGGAAUGGGAAUGCUAGCGUGACGGGGAAUGGGAAUGCUAGCGUGACGGGGAAUGGGAAUGCUAGCGUGACGGGGAAUGGGAAUGCUAGCGUGACGGGGAAUGGGAAUGCUAGCGUGACGGGGAAUGUGAAUGCUAGCGUGACGGGGAAUGGGAAUGCUAGCGUGACGGGGAAUGUAAAUGCUAGCGUGACGGGGAAUGGGAAUGCUAGCGUGACGGGGAAUGUGAAUGCUAGAGUGACGGGGAAUGGGAAUGCUAGCGUGACGGGGAAUGGGAAUGCUAGCGUGACGGGGAAUGGGAAUGCUAGCGUGACGGGGAAUGUGAAUGCUAGCGUGACGGGGAAUGGGAAUGCUAGCGUGACGGGGAAUGGGAAUGCUAGCGUGACGGGGAAUGGGAAUGCUAGCGUGACGGGGAAUGGGAAUGCUAGCGUGACGGGGAAUGGGAAUGCUAGCGUGACGGGGAAUGGGAAUGCUAGCGUGACGGGGAAUGGGAAUGCUAGCGUGACGGGGAAUGGGAAUGCUAGCGUGACGGGGAAUGGGAAUGCUAGCGUGACGGGGAAUGGGAAUGCUAGCGUGACGGGGAAUGGGAAUGCUAGCGUGACGGGGAAUGUGAAUGCUAGCGUGACGGGGAAUGGGAAUGCUAGCGUGACGGGGAAUGGGAAUGCUAGCGUGACGGGGAAUGGGAAUGCUAGCGUGACGGGGAAUGGGAAUGCUAGCGUGACGGGGAAUGGGAAUGCUAGCGUGACGGGGAAUGUGAAUGCUAGCGUGACGGGGAAUGGGAAUGCUAGCGUGACGGGGAAUGGGAAUGCUAGCGUGACGGGGAAUGGGAAUGCUAGCGUGACGGGGAAUGUGAAUGCUAGCGUGACGGGGAAUGGGAAUGCUAGCGUGACGGGGAAUGGGAAUGCUAGCGUGACGGGGAAUGGGAAUGCUAGCGUGACGGGGAAUGGGAAUGCUAGCGUGACGGGGAAUGGGAAUGCUAGCGUGACGGGGAAUGGGAAUGCUAGCGUGACGGGGAAUGUGAAUGCUAGCGUGACGGGGAAUGGGAAUGCUAGCGUGACGGGGAAUGUGAAUGCUAGCGUGACGGGGAAUGGGAAUGCUAGCGUGACGGGGAAUGUGAAUGCUAGCGUGACGGGGAAUGGGAAUGCUAGCGUGACGGGGAAUGGGAAUGCUAGCGUGACGGGGAAUGGGAAUGCUAGCGUGACGGGGAAUGUGAAUGCUAGCGGGACGGGGAAUGGGAAUGCUAGCGUGACGGGGAAUGGGAAUGCUAGCGUGACGGGGAAUGGGAAUGCUAGCGUGACGGGGAAUGGGAAUGCUAGCGUGACGGGGAAUGGGAAUGCUAGCGUGACGGGGAAUGUGAAUGCUAGCGUGACGGGGAAUGGGAAUGCUAGCGUGACGGGGAAUGUGAAUGCUAGCGUGACGGGGAAUGGGAAUGCUAGCGUGACGGGGAAUGGGAAUGCUAGCGUGACGGGGAAUGGGAAUGCUAGCGUGAAGGGGAAUGGGAAUGCUAGCGUGACGGGGAAUGGGAAUGCUAGCGUGACGGGGAAUGGGAAUGCUAGCGUGACGGGGAAUGUGAAUGCUAGCGUGACGGGGAAUGGGAAUGCUAGCGUGACGGGGAAUGGGAAUGCUAGCGUGACGGGGAAUGGGAAUGCUAGCGUGACGGGGAAUGGGAAUGCUAGCGUGACGGGGAAUGGGAAUGCUAGCGUGACGGGGAAUGGGAAUGCUAGCGUGACGGGGAAUGUGAAUGCUAGCGUGACGGGGAAUGGGAAUGCUAGCGUGACGGGGAAUGUGAAUGCUAGCGUGACGGGGAAUGGGAAUGCUAGCGUGACGGGGAAUGGGAAUGCUAGCGUGACGGGGAAUGUGAAUGCUAGCGUGACGGGGAAUGGGAAUGCUAGCGUGACGGGGAAUGGGAAUGCUAGCGUGACGGGGAAUGUGAAUGCUAGCGUGACGGGGAAUGGGAAUGCUAGCGUGACGGGGAAUGGGAAUGCUAGCGUGACGGGGAAUGGGAAUGCUAGCGUGACGGGGAAUGGGAAUGCUAGCGUGACGGGGAAUGGGAAUGCUAGCGUGACGGGGAAUGGGAAUGCUAGCGUGACGGGGAAUGGGAAUGCUAGCGUGACGGGGAAUGGGAAUGCUAGCGUGACGGGGAAUGUGAAUGCUAGCGUGACGGGGAAUGGGAAUGCUAGCGUGACGGGGAAUGUGAAUGCUAGCGUGACGGGGAAUGGGAAUGCUAGCGUGACGGGGAAUGUGAAUGCUAGCGUGACGGGGAAUGGGAAUGCUAGCGUGACGGGGAAUGGGAAUGCUAGCGUGACGGGGAAUGGGAAUGCUAGCGUGACGGGGAAUGGGAAUGCUAGCGUGACGGGGAAUGUGAAUGCUAGCGUGACGGGGAAUGGGAAUGCUAGCGUGACGGGGAAUGUGAAUGCUAGCGUGACGGGGAAUGGGAAUGCUAGCGUGACGGGGAAUGGGAAUGCUAGCGUGACGGGGAAUGUGAAUGCUAGCGUGACGGGGAAUGGGAAUGCUAGCGUGACGGGGAAUGUGAAUGCUAGCGUGACGGGGAAUGGGAAUGCUAGCGUGACGGGGAAUCGUGACGGGGAAUGGAAUGCUAGCGUGACGGGGAAUGGGAAUGCUAGCGUGACGGGGAAUGUGAAUGCUAGCGUGACGGGGAAUGGGAAUGCUAGCGUGACGGGGAAUGUGAAUGCUAGCGUGACGGGGAAUGGGAAUGCUAGCGUGACGGGGAAUGGGAAUGCUAGCGUGACGGGGAAUGUGAAUGCUAGCGUGACGGGGAAUGGGAAUGCUAGCGUGACGGGGAAUGGGAAUGCUAGCGUGACGGGGAAUGGGAAUGCUAGCGUGACGGGGAAUGGGAAUGCUAGCGUGACGGGGAAUGGGAAUGCUAGCGUGACGGGGAAUGGGAAUGCUAGCGUGACGGGGAUUGUGAAUGCUAGCGUGACGGGGAAUGGGAAUGCUAGCGUGACGGGGAAUGGGAAUGCUAGCGUGACGGGGAAUGGGAAUGCUAGCGUGACGGGGAAUGUGAAUGCUAGCGUGACGGGGAAUGGGAAUGCUAGCGUGACGGGGAAUGUGAAUGCUAGCGUGACGGGGAAUGUGAAUGCUAGCGUGACGGGGAAUGUGAAUGCUAGCGUGACGGGGAAUGUGAAUGCUAGCGUGACGGGGAAUGGGAAUGCUAGCGUGACGGGGAAUGGGAAUGCUAGCGUGACGGGGAAUGGGAAUGCUAGCGUGACGGGGAAUGUGAAUGCUAGCGUGACGGGGAAUGUGAAUGCUAGCGUGACGGGGAAUGUGAAUGCUAGCGUGACGGGGAAUGUGAAUGCUAGCGUGACGGGGAAUGGGAAUGCUAGCGUGACGGGGAAUGGGAAUGCUAGCGUGACGGGGAAUGGGAAUGCUAGCGUGACGGGGAAUGGGAAUGCUAGCGUGACGGGGAAUGGGAAUGCUAGCGUGACGAAAGGGAGUGAUCUUGGCUGGGAUGGGGAGUGCUCCCGACGGGGAAGGCGAGUGCUUGCGUCGGGGAAGGGGAGUGCGCGCGUCGGGGAAGGGGAGUGCGCGCGUCGGGGAAGGGGGGAGCGCGCGUCAGGGAAGGGGAGUGCGCGAGAGGGGGAAGGGGAGUGCGCUUGUCGCGGAAGGGGAGUGCGCGCGUCGGGGAAGGGGAGUGCGCGCGUCAGGGAAGGGGAGUGCGCGAGAGGGGGAAGGGGAGGGCGCGCGUCGCGGAAGGGGAGUGCGCGCGUCGGGGAAGGGGAGUGCGCGCGUCGGGGGGGGGGGGGGUGA